UUUUCCCUGCAUGGCCCCAGUUUCUCUUCCUGUCCUUCAUCUCUAUUUUCUCCUUCUCUCCACUCUCUCUCCUUCCAUCCCUCCAUUUCCUCCUGCCUGCUGUAGUCUCUGUCCCUCCACCCUCCCAUUCCCUCCUUCCAUCUCGCCGUUCUCCUGCCUUGUCUUUCUCCUUCCUUCUUUCUUUUCACCUCCUCCCUCAACUUUCCCCAUCCUUUGUUCACCUCUCCACCCCCUGCCUGCAGUGAUACCUGCAGCCGUGAAGAGCUCCUGGCGGAAGCCCGGGCCAUGGACAAAGCUCGCUUCAUCUACAUCCUGCGGCUCUUCGGCCUCUAUGAGGAGGAAGAGGAGGGCUGGGAGUCUGGCCCCCGGUUGGGCAUCGUCAUGGAAUACAUGGAGAAUGGCAGCCUGGCCACCUUGCUGGAGAGAGUCCAGCCAGUCCCCUGGCCCCUGCGCUUCCGCUUCCUGCACCAGGUGGCGCUGGGCAUGAAUUACCUGCAUGGGCUUCACCCACCGUUACUGCACCUGGACCUCAAACCCAGCAACGUCCUGCUGAAUUUGGAGCUGCAUGUCCGGCUGGCAGACUUUGGGCUAUCGAAAUUCAAGCGAGUGACCACCAAGCAGGGAACAGAAAGAUCUGAGGAUGUGGAUGACUACGGGGGUACCCUGGAGUACAUGCCCCCUGAAUCCCUCGUAGACAUCAACUACAAGCCAACGCCAGCCACAGACGUAUACAGUUAUGCCAUCCUCACCUGGUCCGUGUUAACCGGUGAACAGCCUUACCCAAGUGAGUCCUAUUCCUAUCUUUUAAUUAUGCCUCUCCUUUGAACCAAGCUUGUCCUGCAAUUCAGGGGCUACUCAAGGUUUCCUGGGAAAGAAACAGAACAAACACCACCUCUGAGCUGAAGGGGAAUCCCUUCGAUCCCAGCAGUAUAGGAUUUAUGGCUCAUACAAGCGCAG